AUGUCCUUGCUUUCUCCAGGGGCUGAAGAUGAACCAGAGCGUUUUGAUGGUCUCUCUCUUUUAUACUGGACCAUUAUGGGCCCUCAUGGAAUUAAUCGAGCUGUUCACCGCCUCUCUUUCUCUGAUUGCCAGAAUGGAUUAGGAGUUAAAAUUAUUGGAGGUUAUCGGGCACAAACAGCAGAAGAUUAUGGGAUUUUCAUAAAGAGAAUUCUGCCUGGGGGGGUGGCUGCUGUAGAUAGCCGUUUGCUCACUGGGGACCUAAUUCUGGAUGUCAAUGGAGAAAACCUGGUUGGAGUAACAAAUGAAAGAGCUGUUGACAUCUUGAGAACAGCAUCAGCCUCUAAUCACAUGUCUCUGCUCGUUGCUAGAGAUGAAGAAGCAAAGAAGGAAUUUCAUGACCUAAUGGAUAAGUAUGGCUCUCACAGUGACACAACGUCUCCAAGAACUUCUCCAACACAUCACUUUGCUGCAAAAUCUAGAGACAGCCUUUCUUCUGGGUCAUCCUCAAGGUCACAGAGUCCUCAGUUGCCUCUGAAGGAUAACAUCACCAGCAGCAGCAGAAAUUCUGUCCCACCACCAUCCCCAAAGCUUCCAAAUGACAGUGCAUUUCAGAUUAUCUCUGUUUGCAAAGGAACAAGCCUAGGUUUGAAUAUUGUGGGAGGAAUUAACAGAAAUGAAGGGCCUUUGGUUUAUAUUCAAGAAAUUAUCCCUGGUGGUGAUUGCCAUAAGGAUGGACGAUUGAAACCCGGGGAUCAGCUUGUGUCCAUCAACAAAGAGUCCAUGAUUGGAGUCUCCUAUGAAGAGGCAAAAAGUAUAAUCAACAGAACAAAGAUGAGGUUUGAAAAUUUUUGGGAGAUAGCUUUUAUUAGGCAGAAAAACAUACCUAGUCUUCCACAGAAUCUGCAACAUCCUUUCAGCCUCUUACCAUCUUCUGUAGCACAUGGAGAGCAACAGGCUGCAACACUUGGUCCUCUUCCCUCUCCUAUUCUUGCCCCCAGCCAGAAUGAUGAUUAUGAGCUCCAAGGAAAGAACUUGAGUAUUCAUCUCAAAACAGAAAAGCUGGAGAGGGCACUGAAUUAUCUUGGGAUUCAGCUCACAGAUGAACAGCAGCAAGCCCUAAGGCAGCAACUUUAUAAAGAUUCUAAAGGAACAGUGUCUUUUGGAGAUUUUGUUGAAGUUUCAAGGAAUCUGUUGUCUGUGCAAUCAAAUUCAACUGAUGAUGGCCACAAAUCUGAAACGUUUGGGGUCAGUGAAGUUACCAGCUUACAGGACUCACAGUUUGUAACCUGUGAUUCCUUGGAGGAUGAUGUGGAAAAACUUAAGAAAGAAAGAAAUGAGGCUUUAAAAGAAAUAAGCAAAUUAAAGGAAGAAUUGUCUGAAUCUGUGAACUUACAGAAGCAGUUAGCAGAGCAGCUACAAGUAGUCAAGCAAGAAGCCAAGGCAGCUGUGGAGGAGAGCAGAGCCCUGCGCAGCAGAAUUCACCUUGCAGAGGCUGCUCAGAGGCAGGCCCGGGGAAUGGAGAUGGACUACGAAGAGGUGAUUCGCCUCUUAGAGGCUGAAAUUGGAGAGCUGAAGGCUCAGCUCACUGAGCAUUCUGGCCAAAAUAAAGAGAACAUUCAUGACUUGAGAAAGAGGGUUACAGUGCUUGACUGCCAGCUGCGGAAAUCGGAGUCAGCCAGGAAGACAUUUGAGGUGGCCACUGAAAAAUUGCUACAAUUUGUAGAGGUUGUGCACGAAAUACUUUCAGAUAACUCUACUUCCUCAACGAUUUUAAGUGACAGGAGAACAUUGUCCACUAAAGCACUUCUGGCUCGGCUGGGAAGGGUCGGACCUACUGUCACAGCAGCUCUUGCAGCAGAAGCCAGGGACCUUGCCAAGUCUGUCCGUGCCAUUUUGGAAGUAGAUUGUCUGCCUUAUGGAUGGGAAGAAGCUUAUACAGCUGAUGGAAUCAAAUAUUUUAUCAACCACGUGACGCAGACAACGUCCUGGAUCCAUCCUGUCACGAGCGCUCUGAGCUUGCUGUGCUCCGAGGAGGAGGAUGGCAUCAGAGACCUUCCCGGGCCCAGGAGCUGAGGACAGCUGUGGACAGAGAGUAGUUUGUCUGGUUUUAGUCCCUUAGUGAGCACAUGCACAGGUUUUAGUCUACCUGCUUUCUAGUGUGAUGUAGUAGUACCUGGUGACAUUUCUCCUCAGCAAGCUGGACAAAGUUCUGCUGGUUUUGAGAUGGGUUUGUUGAUGUGUGCUACAAAGGAUGCAGGUGCCACAGGAGUCCUUGAUUUGCCCCAUUUUGGUGUGGCAGGGAUCUCACCUCAGGGCCCAGUCCCAUCUUUACAUGAUUUCUCUACAGACGCAUAAUUUCCCUGACCUGAAGCUGAAUUUUCCAGGUCAGCUGAAAUUUUCACAGCUCUGAGCAACAUGAGAUUUAAGAUGGGACCACUGGUGGUAGAUUCCAGCUGAUGGUUGACUGAGAUGCAAAGUGAGGUGGGGUUUUUGAGCCAGUGCUAGUGAGAAUAAUGGAGAUGACUGAACUGAAAAUUCUUAUUUCUGUGGGAGAAAUCUUCAAAUAAGUUUUGCUACUGGAAAUUUAGUGAUUUAUUACAAAUAUUGGAGCCCUGAUGACUUUUUAAACAAAUACUCACUAAGAUUGGUUGUUGAGCUUUAGAAAAUGUGUCUUUGAUAAGUUGUCAAGUAAAAAGAAAGUUUUCAUAGAGGACAUCAUAGUCUGACAAAAAUAUGAGGCAAUAUGAAAAUUAUUCUACUUUUGUACUCUGCUAAACUGAUACAAACACACAUCAAAUACUUCAGUGGAAGCUGUGAAGUUUCAAGUACAAUGAAACCUGUGAAACCACCUCCAGGAUCAGCAGAAGUCAGUCACCUCCUCAGAACUGGUCUUUUAAGUAGAACAAAAUCAUUUUGUACACAUCGGUGAUGUUUUAAAGAGGAUAAAGAAAAUUAUGGGGGGUGCUAGUGCAAGUUAAAUGAACAGGUUUCUGUGUACCUCAAUAGCACAGGAUAUUUUAAAUCUCAUUAUUCACAGCACAAUGUCUCAUGUCAGCUUUGUCAAAUGUAUGAUUCUGUGCUACAUUUUUCUGGAGGCUCUUUAUAUGUGUGUUGUGUAUAUAAUGGUGGGUGUUACUGAUGAAUGAGACACACCUGAACCUGCAGAAGCACUGAUGGAUGGUAUGCCAAAGGAAAUCUUUAUCUCUGCUUCAGUCCAGGAGGGAGAAGGGGAUUGUGGCAGUGUGAGGAAGGCACAGGCUGCAGUCACAUUUUUUGAGGUCUGGCAUUGGCAUUCAGCAGGUGUGGCACUGGAGUCAAGAAUCCUUGUCCUCUGAGGAAUGACAAUCAAAACCAGACUCACUCUCAGUUCUGGUGCCUUGACCAUGCUCUCUGUCCUCAGCAGUGCAGAGCUGUGCCAGGUCAGGCUCACUGGAACAGUUGAUCCUUUUGAACCAAAAUAAUUCACCUUUUUUUGAAAUCCAAGUCAGGCCUCUGAAUAGCAGCCCAGUAAUCUCCUGCACUUGGCCAGAGAUCUGGAGAGCACAUCACCAACUGUUCUUCCUGAAGCUCACAAAAGAGGCCUUUACAGGCUUUGCAGGAAGUAGAUGUCAGAAUAUAUUGAAUAAGCAAAUAGGAAAAAUUUGUUUUGUACUUUCAACUAGGUCAGACCCAAAUUAUCUGUGAAUCUACACAGGUGGUGUGGAUUAGGGGAAAAAAGCUUGCUCAGCAGACCCACAGUAACUUACAUUUCUAAGAAAACUUCUCCUAGGAAUAACACAUGAAUGGUUUAGCCAUAUUUGCUCCAGUGGUUCCUGCAUGCUCCACAGACUCCUUUGUGCUUCCAGAGAGCUCAGGCCAAAGGGACAGAGCAUGUGCUUCAGUUUCAGACUUGGACACUCCAGAAUCAUUUUUAUUUAAAUCCCUUUUCUCAGAUUGGCACAGACUCAUGACCUACAGAAGAUAUGUCAUCUGAAUUCCUUGUGGUAUUUGCUGUAGUAGUAACUUGGAUGCUCUGUGACAGCACUUUCUGUUCAUACUUCAGGGGUAUCCAGCCUGCACACAGAUUCCACUCCCCAGUUGUGCUCAGGAGAGGUUUGAGCCACCACUUGCCUCUUGCAGCCUGGUGGCUGUGUCAGCCAGCUGGGUGCUCCAGAGGGGAGCAGCUUUUUAGGGAUGGGGACUGUGGCUCAGGCAGGCUCUGCACGAGCAGGGGCUCCACGGGGAGCAGCUUAGAGCUGUCCUUGUGCUGGGGGACAGCUCUGCACGUGCUGCCCUUCCCUACCCACACCCUCAGAGUGUGCAGCCUGCUGUGCAUGGGGACAAUCUGCCUGCUCCUCUCACUGCCACCUCCCACAGACCCCAGUGUGACACAAACCUGGAGCCUCUUCCUCUCUCUCUCUCUUAUAAACUUGCCUAGAAAUUAAAGAUGUUAGAAAUAGAUCUCUGCAUCUCUUCAGCUGCUCCAGUGAGCGUUUCUCUCCUCAGAUAAUCCACCCGUUCACAUUCUCUGGGGUUGAGAAUACAUUUUCUUACCUACAAUCUCCAAAUGUUCCAAUCUAUUUUUGUACACUGGUAUACUUGUUUCCUAGGUUAUUUCUCUUGAUCUCCCCUUAUCUCUUCCUUUAUGUGAAAUAGUUUUGUGAAAAUUAUUUUGCUUAGGCUGAACUGUGUAUAUUUGAGAAAAUGGUUCUAGUAUAACUUGGAACAGAAUUUGUAAAGAGCAGCUUUCAACAUAUGCAGCACUGUAAACAGCAAAUUUUCAUUUUUAUUCCUAAAUUUUAAAAAUUAAGUAGAAAAGAUACUAAAGUGCAUGUGACAGCCUUUAAGUUAAUAAAACUACACCUUUAUAUUAUAAUGAAUCUGCCCCACAUAACAUUCUCCAUCUGUUGAAAAGCCUCUUGUAACAGACUGCUUUAGGAAUGGUUUGGUUCAUUUCUGACACUCAGGAGGUACCUGGUGCCACUGAGGUAAGGAAAGGAAAAUCCUUCAAGAAAAAUAUUUGUGGUUGUAGAACAGGCUGGGCUGUGCAGGGCUGACUGUGGGCAAGACUCUCCAGGAGCUCAGGAAAUGCUGC